AUGCAUUUUUAUGCCAUGUUAUAGAUAUAAACAGUUUAGAAUGGAUUAUUUGAUAAUUCACAAAAAAUGAUUGAUUUUCCAAUAAUUCCUGGUUUGAGAAACACCUUUAUAAGUUAUACUUUGAAUGACGAAUUGACUUAUCAAUCUUAGAAAAUGGUUGCAUUGUUGAGAGAGAACAAAGACAACGAAGUAGAUUUGAAGUAUUGA